GCUCCAUCCAUCGAUCGUUCCAUGGGCCGCGAAGUGCUGUUCGUGAAGAAGCUCACCGCCCACGCGAUUGUGCCGUGUCGUGGGUCAAACUUUGCAGCGGGGUUCGACUUGUCCAGCGCCUACGAAUGCGUCAUUCCUGCGCAUGGCAAGGGCCUGGUGAAGACUGACAUUGCGAUUGCAAUUCCACCUGGCACGUAUGCCCGUGUCGCCCCUCGGUCAGGGUUGUCGUGGAAAAACCAUUUGGAUGUCGGCGCAGGCGUGAUCGAUGAAGAUUACCGAGGAAAUGUCGGAGUUGUCAUGUUCAAUCAUGCGAACGAAGACUUCCACGUCAAAGCAGGGGAUCGCAUUGCCCAGUUGAUCCUUGAACGAAUUGUCACCCAUGCAACCGUGGAAGAAGUCGAAGAACUGAGCGAAACUGAACGAGGCGAAGGAGGAUUUGGCUCGACUGGCGUCGCCAAGAAAUUCAAAUACGACGAAGAGAGCAACAAAACUGUUUGUACAAUGGACGAUGACUGCAAGGACUCCACGCCCGCGUCGUCCAACCCCAAUUCAACGACGAUUAUCGCAGCCAUUGCCGCCGUAGAAUCAUCGCUGGACGAAGUACAACGCAAGAAAGUGAAAGGUAUCAUCGUACAGGCUGACGCGCGCAAGUACGAUAUCCUGCUCCAAGCCAGUGCACAUUUCUUGGCAUCGGGCAACAAGGACAGCUUUCUUGAAUGGCUGCACGCAUUGCUGUAACAUGAUCAAUAUGUACACGUGUUCAUCCAA